CGUGAUUGGCUAUGGCGAGUCCAGUCGUGCUCAUGGCCGUGCCAAUGCUCCCCGAUCUCGAGCUAGCGCUGGAUUCCAAGUUCAGACUCCUGCGGCUCUGGCAGGCGGAGGAUCCUGGCGCGAUGCUGCGGCAGCACUCGGGCCAGAUUCAAGCGCUGGUCGUCAAUCACAAGUUCGAGGCGUCGGCGGCGGUGAUCGAUGCGCUGCCGCGGCUGGAGAUCGUGUCGUCGUUCAGCGUGGGGCUGGACAAGAUCGACCUCAAAAAGUGCAAGGAGCGCGGCGUGGCGGUCACAAACACGCCCGAUGUGCUCACGGACGAGACGGCCGAUCUCGCAAUGGCGCUGCUGCUGGGGACAAUGCGGCGGAUCUGCCCGGCGGAUCGCUACGUUCGCGAGGGAUUGUGGCCGGUCCAUGGAGAUUUCCCCCUCUCACACAAGGUGAGUGGAAAGCGCAUCGGGAUCGUGGGGCUGGGCAGGAUCGGCUCCGCCAUCGCCAAGCGCGCCGAGGGAUUCAGCUGCGGAAUCUCCUACUUCUCACGCGAGAAGAAGCCCGGAGUUCCCUACGCCCACUACUCCAGCCUGGUGGAUCUAGCUCGAGACUCCGACGCUCUCAUCGUCGCGUGCGCGCUAACGCCAGAGACUCGCCAUCUCGUGAGCAGGGAAGUGAUCGACGCAUUGGGUCCGGAGGGGACGCUGGUAAACAUCGCGAGGGGGCCGAUCGUGGACGAGGCCGAGCUCGUCCAGGCGCUGGUGGACAAGAGAUUGGGGGCGGCUGGAUUGGACGUGUUUGAGGCGGAGCCACAGGUACCACAGGAGCUCCUUGGGAUGGAUAACGUCGUGUUGCUACCACACGUAGGGAGUGGUACUUGGGAUACCAGGCGGGCGAUGGGGGAUUUAGUGGUGAGGAAUCUGGAAGCUCACUUCUCGGGGAAAUCCUUGGUUACUCCAGUGGCACUCGAGUGAUGGACUGGAAUCUGGAUCAAGCUAGAUAGAUGGUAUUAGUUCCAGGUAUCAACAGGGAAAGCAAGCUGGAUAUCAACAAAGACUUACAUUCAAGAGAAACGAAAACUUAGAUGGUAGCAGUUCUAGAUCACAGGGUAGUGAAGCUGGAUUUCAACAAGAGAAAAGAUGGUAGUAGUUCUAGAUCACAGGGAAGUGAAGCUGGAUAUCAACAAGAACUUACAUUCAAGAGAAACGAAAACUUA